ACCAGGUUCAAUGAACCUGGAAGAGCCGCCCUACUUUUAUCAUCUUCUUCCACCAUUUCUAGCGCAGACACAAGUGCCAAAAAUGUUGUUCAAGUGAAGAAGAAAAAAAAAAAGAGCGGGAGAGAGAUUAGGGUUUCCCAUGGUCACAUAGCUGCUCUGCUUCUGCCAUUAUUGUUCACUAUCAUCUGUCCCUCUAUACGAGCUUAGAGGUAAUAGCUAGUAUACAAAUUAACUAGAGACCAAUCUCAUUGACGAAGAUGGUUUCCAAGGAUGCAAUCCAACGAAGGAAGGCGAUGCCUUGUAUCAGCAGGGCUUGUAGCAAAGAAUCCGAUCCAGGAUUCCCCAUAAGACGACCCCAAACAGAAGAUCCACAUGAUGGAGAUCAAGACUAUGCUGAUCUACAACAAAUAAGGCAAAAACUGGUUACAAGGGGAUUUGAUCCGUCUCAAUUUACCAUUUCUCCAAAAACCAUGAUCCAUUAUGAUAAUCGAGUUGCAUAUUCACCAGCAUACAACCAGAAUCAAUGAGCAGAAGGCAACAGAUGAAUGUGGUUGCAUAUUCUCUCUCAUUCGAUUCAGUUAGUUCCCCUCCAAAGCACUUCAAUAUCUGAUCUCCUACGUUGUGAUGGUAAGUUGCAAACAGUCUAUUUGGCCUUCAUUCACCUUCUAGAGGCAAGAGUCCCCGGAGAGGGCGACUUUUACUAAGGCUAAGACUUGAGCUCGUUUUUACCAGCUGUAUAGCGGUUUCCUUUCUUAGAGUAUUUUGGAUUUCAUUACAAAGUACAAAAGCAGAAAAAAUAAAUAAACAAAGAGGAAUGUUAUUGUAUGAAAGCUUAUACGUAUGUAAUUUGGUUUGUAAUGCUGAACUUUCCCCUUGAUUCUAUGUUAUUAACUGAGGGAAGUGAUUGUGUAUUUGCUUCGAAUUAUAAUCGCCACUAGCUGGACUAUCGGGAAGUAUGUCAUGGGCUUAAUGGGUUACUUUGGUCUCACGUAUUCACAUUUUUUUCUUUGAUCCCACAUAUUUAGCAUCUCAAACAUGGU